UAGGGCACAACUAAAAAGAGAAAAGAAAAAAAAGUCCCUUUUCGAAGAAUAAAAUCCAAAAGCAAACCACUCUCGUCUCGAAACAACCGUGACUGAACAAAAUAUCCUCAUUUUUCUUUUCCAAUUUCUAUCUACUAAAACGCUAAUGCUGAAUCGCUUCUAAACACUCUCAGAUCCACACCACAAAAAUAGCGUGUAUGAAAACGCUUGAAACUUCUUAGUUUGUUAUGGCGUCUGAAACGGCGUCGUCCGCUGAUGAGGAGAAAGAAACCCUUGUUUUUUCAGCUGCCGUUGAAGGAGCUACGACGGAUAAGAGAGGGAAGCAUCGAAUUCUUGCUGAAUUGAAGCGUCUUCAACAAGAUACUAAGUUUCUUCAGGAAGAAUUAGAUGAACUCGAGAAAACAGAAAACGUAUCGGCUAUAUGCAAAGAAUUGCUACACAACAUGGAUAGUAAACCCGAUCCACUACUCCCAGAAAUACAUGCACCUGUAAACCUAUCAUGGGAUAGAUGGUUUGAAGGGCCUCAGGAUGCACAAGCAUGUAGAUGUUGGAUUCUUUGAUUUAAAGCUGUAUGUCAAUUGCAUUGUACUGCAAAUAGGAUGUGAAUGUUACUACUACACAAAAGUGAGACUCUGGAACUGAAGAAAAUGCUCAGUGGCAUUUUAUACACACACUAAUUCUUUAAUGGCAUCAUUUUGUGUUAUAUUAGAAUAGAUUAUGCAUCAAAUACUGUCUAUCUGUAAUCAGUAAUCACAUUAAUUUACUGCAUUCAAUUAUAACCAUCAUUAUUUGUGCUUAGCGUGCUUUAAAUUCAAUACCAAACGGGGCCUUUGCGGUACUGUUUAUUUGUGUGCUUGAGUCAACCAAGAGAUUAUGGCUUUUGGUACUAAAUGUUAAUGUGUGUGCCUGAUUGAGAAUGAGAUUUUCUGGCAAAACUUGUAAGGCUUGGGAAAGCAAAGAACACUCAUUAUCCCUCAUUUCACAAGUAAAUUUGUAAUGAUAGAUCUUGUAAUCA